CUGUGUAUAGAAGCAGCUCCGAGGCUCCGCCCCCUCCACACUAAACUCAUCUGAAACACCGAGAGCCGGAGGAAUCAAAGACAACGACUACACGGUCGUCCGUUACCGCUGGAGCAUCACCACCGAUCCCGCAGCACGCCUCCAGCUCUCUCUUCAUCAAAGCACGCGAACAAUAGCGACUGGAAGGGAUCGAGAGGAAUAUAUUACCCUCUUAACAGAACAAUGAACGCGGGCUGAAUUCUCAGGCCUCUUGCUGACCCUUCUCCAGUUGGGUCUGGAGUGCAGCGGCGUGCGGCCGAGAGGACCACUAGAAGAUGAAGUCCAGUCUGAAACAGUGGCGGCGGCUCACCCUCGGCCUCAUGCUGGUCUGGGUUCUGGUGUUCCUGGCACUCCUCUCCUACUUCAUGGAGUCACGAGUGGAUGACCCGCACUCCGCUGCCGCUCUCUCCUACACAGACACACGCCGCCUGACCUCACUACAGGGCAACCCCCGUACCAUUAUGACCACCCAUUUAGGGCUGGCAGCCUCCUCCACCCCCUCAACCUCCAGCAACACCCAACAGGAGCAAAGCCAGGAGGAAAACCCCAGUGCCGACCCCCAACCUAGUCCGCUCAGCCAGGAGGCCUACCCUUAUCCUGACCUCCAGAGCCUGGCGGCCUGGUCCGCAUUCGGCACCCAGGACGUGGGCUCCAGAUCGGCUGCCGUGAGUCGCAACCGUGAGCGACAAGAGUACAACCAGGAUUCACCUCAGCAGGAUGAAGAUGAGGAAGAGGUGUUGGGAGGGGAAGAGGAAGAGGAAGAUGAAGAAGAGGGAGACGAGGGCAGGAGGAGGACAACUAAACGGGCGACAAGGCAUGAGGACUCUGACCAGGAUGAGUACUACGUUCCCAAGUCAAAAUCUGUAGUGCACGGUCUGUGGAAAGGGCGUUUGUCUGUGGGCAUGCUCAGUCCACGCCUGCAGAAGGCUGUGAAAGACUACCUUAAUAAUAAUAAACACGGUGUGGCCUACAGGGGGCACCGGAAGGCGCAACAGAGCGGCCAACAGGUGUUGUGUGAGUUGAAAAAGAGGCAGCAGGUUCGAACUUUGGAUGGGGCCGAGAUGCCUUUCUCCAAUUUAGGCUGGCAGAAAAUUGUACCUGCCUUAUCCUUAAGCCAGCUCUAUGGACGAGGCUUCCAGACCUGCGCUGUGGUCACCUCUGCCGGAGCCAUGCUCCAUUCAGGACUCGGCAAGGAGAUUGACUCCCAUGAUGCAGUGCUGCGGUUUAAUACAGCUCCCACCAAGGGUUAUGAAAGAGACGUUGGGAAUAAAACCACCGUACGCAUCAUCAACUCUCAGAUCCUGGCAAAUCCCAAGCACCAGUUCAAUACAAGCUCAUUGUACAAGAAUGUAACGCUGGUGGCGUGGGAUCCUGCUCCAUACACGCUCAACCUGCACAAAUGGUACUCAAAUCCAGAUUACAACCUGUUCACACCAUACAUGGAAUACAGGAUGCACUUUCCCGCACAGCCUUUCUACAUCCUGCACCCGAAAUACAUCUGGCAGUUAUGGGAUGUGAUUCAGGGUAACAAUCUGGAGAACAUCCAGCCCAACCCACCCUCCUCAGGGUUCAUAGGCAUCCUACUGAUGAUGUCCUUAUGUGAAGAGGUCCACGUGUACGAAUACAUUCCUUCACUACGGCAGACGGAUCUGUGCCACUACCACGAACGCUACUUUGACGCCGCCUGCACUUUGGGUGCGUAUCACCCCCUGCUCUACGAGAAGAUGCUCAUCCAGCGCAUGAACGUCGGAUCAGAGGAAGACCUCAAACGGAAAGGCAAGGUCACGCUCCCUGGUUUCAACAACGUCCACUGUGAGCCCUGAACAGAAAGACGCAAUAACAGACUUUGUAAAGCAGAAGAGAUCCGCAGACUGACACAGGACCACGUCGAGUAAGAAUCUCAGAAUGGACAGUGUUAUGUAGACUAUGGUUGGUGUUCUGCGGGACAAAACCUUCACUCAAAAAAUGCAUUUCCUGAGCCUAUGCUUAAAUAAAGAUGGUCAGAACAGCAAUAGACAUGUCGUGAGAAAAGCUUUUAGAUGUGUGGAUGUUCUUGGUGUUGAAAGCCAUCAAAAAUGUUUCUUUUUAUUAUUGAUACUUUUAAUUAAAACUCUGUUUUUCACAGGGUUGGAAGUAUUAGCAGUCACAGACACUGAAAGCUACACUGUCGAAAGAAAGCAUUCACUCAAAUACAUUAUAGCACAAAGGCUAGAUUUAUUCUCUGAUUAAAAGUGAGCUUUAUCAAUCUGUCAAUAGAUUUUUUUUUUUUUUUCUAACAUAGACAGAUUUAAAGCUUCUCGCCAUAACAUGAAGAUUGUUUUUUUUUUUUGUAAAUUUGGUGUCGUUUUCUGCUGUUAUUUAUAUUGUGCCACAUACACAAGCCUCUUUGAGAAUAUUUUGCUCUUCCAGAACAUCUCAAAUGAAUUAGUAGUUUUUAGAGUACUUUACUGACAUGUACCUGUUAUUGUACAAAUCGACUAAGGAGCUUUUGAAUGUGACCACGGUUCAUUUUAAUUCUCCUAGUCGUUUUAUACUUUAUAACUCAAGACAGGUGGUUUACAGAAAAUGGAUGUUGUUUAAUCAGGAUUUGAUUGUGUGUAUUAUGGACUCGUUGCAGCACUGUAAAUCGUAUCUGGGACUUUAAGGCUGCAGGCAAUAUAACAAGUGCAGUGGUGAUAUUAGUUGUUAAAUAUAAACCAAGGUUUUUAAUGUCUUGUAGCCCCUAAAACCAAGAGACUCCCGCUGGAGUCUUCUUUAAAAGCGAAUGACUUACCAGAGCAUCUUUGCGUUGUCCUCUCGUAAAUGUACAGUUGUUCAUUUUGAAAUGAUUCACUUUGUGGUGCGACUUUUCUACAGAAGGUAAAACUUGAAGGUUUAUUUACUCGUUUGCAUUGUUUCAAUGUGUGCCAUUUUAAUUGAAAACGGAACACUUUCGGAAGCUGAUUUUUCUGUAGAUCUGGUGAGGAGAGCUAACGCCGGUUUUAAUCGCUGUUGUAUAUUGUAGAAUUAUACUAGUAAUUGGUGAUUUCACUCAGGAGCUCACGAUACUCACCAGGGUGAAAUACUUCAUCUUCCUUCUAUUCCUAUGGUAGGCUGAGGUUGUAAAGCAAAUAUUUGACCUUUACUCUGUCCUGUUUCCCCAUGUUGGGGGAUUGUAGAUGUAGAGAAACUGAAAGUGACUUUUUUUACUGUUGAAUACAACAAAUUUUGUUUGGAUGUAAAAUUCCACGACAGGUUUAGAGCCUCUGAAACUGUAGUGUAUCAUCUUCUCUAUAUGACUCAUUGUUGGAGCCGGCCGUGGUUGUCGUGCAUGUGUGACGGCACACUCCCCUCCACUCUGAGACAGACAGAUAAUUAAAUGUUUUUGGUUUUUUUGGCCUUUUCGCCACUUUUUAUUGUCAGGGUAGUGGAGAAGACAGGAAAUGACUGGGAGGAGAGCAUGUACACUAUCGUUUCAAAGUUUGGAGUCAGUCGUGCUUUUUGAAAGAAGUCUCUUAUGCUCACCAAGGCGGAAAUUAUUUGAUGAAAAAUACAAUUAUAAUUUUAUUAAAAAUGUAUAUUCCUUUGAUGACAAAGCUGAAUUUUUAGCAGCCAUUCUUAUCAAUGUUGAUAUCAGUUGUUCUGAUUUUUGUGGACACCAAGAUAUUGUUUUCCAUGAUUCUUUGAUAAAAUUGAAAGUUCAAAAGAACAGCAUUUAUUUGAAAUAAUAAAUCUUUGCAACAUUUAUAAAAUGUAAUUGCUGUCACUUUUGAUCAAUUAUAAUGACUGGUUCACAUGCAGAACACGUUUUUGUGGUGGAAAUGGGGAAAAAAACAAAGUCUACAGACACUUUUUUUUAAUUUUUUUUUAUUUAAGUUGAACUGCUUUUAACUUGAGCGCCGCAUUUUUAGAAUGGCAGCAUGCUGCAAAAGACAUGAGUGCAGCAUCUUUCACAUAGAAAAAACAAUGGAGAAGUAGCAUAUUAGAAUAGAAAAAUGUGUGUGAAAACUCCCUAAUGUGUCCUUGCUGAAUAAUUUUUUUUUUCUUUUUUUUUGUAAAAAAAAAAAAAGAAAGUCACUGACCCCAAACUUUAAACUUUUAGGCCAAGGCUCUCCCAGACAAUUUAUUUUUUAAUUCUACGUGAUGGCCAAAUGGUCAUGUGACCUAUAGAGGGACUAAAACUUUGCCUUCUACUUUCUCUUUAGUAUUUUAGCACUCUACGAUCAGAGGCAAAGUUUGUCCUUCCUCUGUGAAUGUCUUUUCCUAAGCCUUUAACAAGGUGUUUUAGCGGCAUAAACUCUGUCUCUCACCGAGAACAGACGGUGUGACACGAGAUAUGGCCGUUUUAAUAGUAUUGAAGUUUUUUCUGUAAAUUGUUUGGUUUUUCAUGUCAUGGGGUGAUAUGACUACUUUUGGGGGGAGGGGGUGGGGGUACGAUUCGGAGCAUGUGACAAAGCGGGGCUUGUUAGUAUUAAUGGUAAAUACCUUAAUGUUAGGAUUUAGCCUGUAAUGGGAAAUAUGAGCUGGGUCUCUAGGUUUAGCUCUGUUUUGAGCAUAUGAUCUUUAGGAUUGAGGAAAUGCAGGUGAUUUCACUGGCGAACCUCAAAGUUGUGUCAUAGAUGUGCACAGUAUGAUUCUGAGGACUGUGCCAAAUGUGCACUUUUCCUGAGUUUGAGUGUGAGAAUGUUUGAAUGGUACUGUAUCCGUGAUGCUGUUUAUCUGUGCCAACUUUCCUUUUUGCAUCAUUUCCUUAAUUUAAUUAAUGUUUUUCUUUCUUCUAUACCUUUCCUUUUCAUAUAUUUUUUUUGUUUGUAUAUCUUACUUUUUAAUCUUUUUUCUUUCUUUCUGUAAUUCUGCCCCACACCGACUUUUUUUAUUAUUAUUAUUUUCCCAUGCUACUGUUAUAUCUGUGAAAGUCUUGAUUUUUAGACUGUAAAUAUCUGUAUUUGUCUGUUACAGGCCAGUUCACUUUCAAAAACCAUGGGAUGUUUUAUAAUGUUUAUUUCUCCAUGUUAAUACACAUUGAGUUCAUUUUUAAACCACUAGAUGUUUGUGUAUUCUUUUGACCAUUGUUUCUAUAAUAAAAGCUUGACCUUUACUUGACCCAGUAA